GCUGCUUGACUGUAUCUGGCUGUUCAGAACAAUGCUUGCUUGGUUGUGAAUUUAGAUUUUGAUCGUCAUAAGGAAUCUGUCAGUGUGUUUGGAACUUGUCGGUGUUUGGAUCUUGUCGGUGUUGGAUCUUGUGCGUGUUUGGAUCUUGUGAGUGUUUGGUUGGGCUGUUGGAGGGAGAGAACCGGAGGAGGCAGGAGCGGAAACAAUAGAGCGCUGCUGCCGGGCUUUGUGCUUCGUUAAUGCCGCACGGAGCGCGCUUACAUCCAGCGCACAACGAUGGAGAGGUUUUAAUUCACCACACUGCGCUGUUUACAGGAUUUACCUUCUUCAUUCAUUCAUUUACCUACAUUCGAGCUGUGAAUUAACCCAGGAGUGAAUAUGAAUUCUGCUGAAGCUGCUGAAGAAGGACCGAACGACUCGGAUACGGACGCUUUCUUCAAAACAGGGUCUUACAGAAGUGAAGGAAUUAAAGCGUCCGACGUGCUGCAUGUGCUGAAAGAUAAAGUGGCCUUUGUAUCAGGUGGCCGUGAUAAAAGAGGAGGGCCUAUUUUAACCUUCCCUGCCAGAAGUAAUCAUGACCGAAUAAAGCAUGAGGAUCUACAAAGAUUAGUAACAUACCUGUCCACUGUGCCAAGUGAGGAUGUGUGUAAGCGGGGCUUCACAGUCAUCAUUGACAUGCGAGGUUCUAAGUGGGACCUGAUCAAGCCGCUGUUAAAGACCCUGCAGGAAGCUUUCCCAGCUGAGAUCUGUGUUGCCCUCAUCAUCAAACCUGACAACUUCUGGCAGAAGCAGAAGACCAACUUUGGCAGUGCCAAGUUCACCUUUGAGACUACCAUGGUAUCAGUGGAGGGUCUUACCAAGAUAGUGGACCCUUCUCAGUUAACGGACGAUUUUGACGGUUCUCUGGAGUACAACCACGAAGAGUGGAUGGAGCUGCGUGUGUCACUCGAGGAGUUCCUGAGCAGCGCAGUGCACCUCCUCUCACGGCUGGAGGAGCUGCAGGAGCAGCUGGCUAAGAAGGAGUUCCCCGUGGAUGUGGAGGGUUCACGCAGGCUCAUCGAGGAACACACCCAGCUGAAAAAGAAGGUGAUGAAGGCUCCUGUAGAGGAGCUGGACCGUGAGGGCCAGAGGCUGCUGCAGUGCAUUCGCUCCAGCGACGGUUACUCCGGGAGGAACUGCAUCUCGGGAAGCGCGGACUUCCAGAGCGUGGUGCCGAAAAUCGCCAGCCUACUGGAUAAGCUGCACAGCACCAGGCAACAUCUGCACCAGAUGUGGCACAUGAGGAAGCUGAAGCUGGACCAGUGUUUUCAGCUCAGGCUUUUUGAGCAGGAUGCAGAAAAGAUGUUCGACUGGAUCAGCCACAACAAGGAGCUGUUUCUGCAAAGCCACACUGAGAUUGGAGUGAGCUACCAGCAUGCUGUGGAUCUCCAGACCCAGCAUAACCACUUCGCCAUGAACUCCAUGAAUGCGUACGUGAACAUAAAUCGAAUCAUGUCGGUGGCAGCGCGGCUGUCAGAAGCGGGUCACUACGCGUCUCAGCAGAUCAAACAGAUCAGCGCCCAGCUGGAUCAGGAGUGGAAGAGUUUUGCUGCUGCUCUUGAUGAACGCAGCACCAUCCUUGCCAUGUCCGCAGUUUUCCACCAGAAAUCUGAAAAAUUUCUGUCAGGUGUGGAGGCCUGGUGUAAGAUGUGUAGUGAGGGAGGACUUCCCUCAGAGAUGCAGGAUUUGGAGCAGGCCAUUCACCACCAUCAGACUCUGUAUGAACAGGUCACACAGGCCUACACAGAGGUGAGUCAGGACGGAAAGGCCUUGCUGGAUGUUCUUCAGCGGCCGCUGAGUCCUGGGAACUCAGAGUCCCUGACCGCAACAGCAAACUACUCUAAAGCAGUGCACUGCAUUCUGGACGUGGUCCACGAGGUCCUACAUCACCACCGGCGUCUGGAGAGCAUCUGGCAGCAUCGUAAAGUUCGACUACAUCAACGACUUCAGCUGUGUGUGUUCCAACAAGAUGUGCAGCAGGUGAUGGACUGGAUAGAGAACCAUGGUGAGGCUUUUCUAAGUAAACACACAGGAGUGGGCAAGUCUUUGCACAGAGCCCGGGCCCUGCAGAAACGUCAUGAUGACUUUGAGGAGGUCGCACAGAACACCUACACUAAUGCAGACAAGCUUCUGGAGGCGGCCGAACAGCUGGCCCAGACGGGCGAGUGCGACCCGGAGGAAAUCUAUAAGGCAGCACGGCACCUGGAGGUGAGGAUCCAGGACUUUGUGAGGAGGGUUGAGCAGCGGAAACUACUACUGGACAUGUCUGUCUCCUUCCACACUCACACCAAAGAGCUGUGGACGUGGAUGGAGGAUCUACAGAAGGAGCUGUUAGAGGACGUGUGCUCGGACUCAGUAGACUCAGUUCAGGAGUUGAUCAAACAGUUCCAGCAGCAGCAGGCAGCCACCUUGGAGGCCACACUUAACGUUAUUAAAGAGGGAGAGGACCUCAUUCAACAGCUCAGAGACUCAGCAAUGAGCAGUAAUAAGAUGCCUCAUAACAGCUCUAUAGCUCACAUAGAGAGUGUACUGCAGCAGCUUGACGAGGCGCAGGGUCAGAUGGAGGAGCUUUUUCAUGAGAGGAAGAUCAAACUGGACAUCUUCCUGCAGCUACGCAUCUUUGAACAGUACACCAUAGAGGUCACUGCAGAACUGGAUGCGUGGAAUGAAGACCUAGUCCGGCAGAUGAAUGAGUUCAGCGGUGAGGAGCCCAGUCUGGUGGAGCAGAGACUACAGCGGCACGCCGAGAGAAAAGUAUCCAUGAAUAACAUGACCUAUGAGGUCAUCCAGCAGGGCCAAGAUCUGCAUCAGUACAUUAUGGAGGUUCAGGCUUCAGGUAUUGAGUUGACAGGAGAGAAGGAAGUGGAUUUGGCUACUCAGGUUCAGGAGUUGCUGGAGUUCCUUCACGAGAAACAGCAUGAACUGGACAUGAGUGCUGAGCAGACACAAAAACGGAUAGAGCAGUGUCUUCAACUCCGGCAUCUACAAGCUGAGGUUAAACAGGUGCUUAGCUGGAUCAGGAAUGGUGAGUCCAUGCUGAAUGCCAGCAUGGUGAACGCCAGCUCACUAUCAGAGGCUGAACAGCUACAAAGGGAGCAUGAACAGUUCCAGCUGGCUAUAGAGUCCUUGUUCCAUGCCAACUCUUUACAGAAGACCCAUCAGAGUGCACUGCAGGUCCAGCAGAAAGCAGAAGUCCUGUUACAGGCGGGACACUACGACCCUGAUGCCAUUCGAACCUGUGCUGAAAAGGUGGCUCUACACUGGCAGCAGCUCAUGCUGAAGAUGGAGGAUCGGCUCAAGCUCGUUAACGCCUCUGUAGCUUUCUACAAGACCUCAGAACAGGUCUGCAGUGUGUUGGAGAGUUUGGAGCAGGAGUACAGGAGAGAUGAGGACUGGUGUGGAGGUCAUGAUAAACUGGGCCCGUUAGCAGAGAAUGACCAUGUGCUUCCUCUAAUUAGCAAACAUCUGGAACAGAAAGAGGCCUUUCUAAAGGCUUGUACUCUGGCCCGGCGUAAUGCUGAAGUCUUUCUCAAGUACAUUCAUCGCAACAAUGUCAGCACUCCUUCAUCCUCUGGCAACACCCGUGGCUCCGAACAGCAGGUCAAAGCCAUCCUGAAUGAACUACUGCAAAGGGAAAACAGAGUCUUACACUUCUGGACCAUGAAGAAACGCCGGUUGGAUCAGUGCCAGCAGUAUGUGGUGUUUGAGCGCAGUGCCAAACAGGCAUUAGACUGGCUUCAGGAAUCAGGCGAGUAUUUUCUCUCCACUCACAGCUCUCUGGGAGACUCACCUGAAAAAACCCAAGAGCUGCUGAGAGAAUACGACAACUUCUGCAUCUCUGCUAAGCAAACCAAGGAGAAGGUAAAGCUGCUGAUUCAGCUGGCUGAUAAUUUCGUGGAGAAGGGUCACGUGCAUGUGACUGAGCUGAAGAAAUGGGUGAGCACUGUAGACCGCCGUUAUCGAGACUUCUCACUGCGCAUGAGUCAGUGCCGCUGCAACCUGGAGAACGCACUGGGCAUCAGUUCUGAGAAUAAUAAGGAACUGGAGCUGGAUAUUAUUCCAGCCAGCCUGACUGACCCAGAGGUCAAACUUAGGGAGCCCAACCAUGAGGUGAAUGAGGAGAAGAGGAAGUCAGCCAGAAAGAAAGAGUUUAUUAUGGCAGAGCUGCUGCAGACUGAAAAAGCCUACGUUAAAGAUCUUCAUGAGUGUUUAGAGACAUACCUGUGGGAGAUGACGAGUGGUGUGGAGGAGAUCCCACCAGGCAUUGCUAACAAAGAGCACAUCAUCUUUGGAAACAUCCAGCAGAUUUAUGACUUCCACAGCAACAUCUUCUUAAAAGAGUUAAUAAACUAUGAGCAGUUACCAGAAGAUGUGGGCCACUGUUUCGUCACAUGGGCUGAUAAAUUCCAAAUCUAUGUCACAUACUGUAAAAACAAGCCGGACUCGAGUCAGCUCAUCCUGGAACAUGCUGGAAGCUUUUUUGACGAAAUCCAGCAGAAACAUGGCCUGGCGAACUCCAUCUCAUCCUACCUGAUCAAGCCUGUGCAGAGGAUCACCAAGUACCAGCUUCUCCUUAAGGAGCUGCUGAGCUGUUGUGAGGAAGGGAAAGGUGAGAUUAAAGAUGGGCUGGAAGUGAUGCUCGCUGUGCCGAAGAGAGCCAACGAUGCCAUGCACCUCAGCAUGCUGGAGGGUUUUGAUGAGAACCUGGAUGUGCAUGGGGAGCUGAUCCUACAGGACACGUUUCAAGUAUGGGACCCCAAAUCUCUGAUCCGCAAGGGCCGAGACCGCCACCUCUUCCUGUUCGAGAUCUCCCUCGUCUUUAGCAAAGAAAUCAAAGACUCAGCAGGACGCACCAAAUACGUCUACAAGAGCAAACUACUGACAUCUGAGCUGGGGGUGACAGAGCACAUAGAGGGCGAUGCCUGUAAAUUUGCCCUGUGGGCAGGACGGACACCCUCAUCUGACAACAAGACUGUGCUUAAGGCCCCCAGCAUUGAAGUAAAGCAGGAGUGGAUAAAAAACAUACGAGAGGUGAUACAGGAAAGGAUCAUUCACCUAAAGGGAGCACUGAAGGAACCCAUACCCAUCCCAAAAACCCCUGCCAAGCCACGUAACAACAGCAAGAGGGACAUCGGAGAGGAUGCUGACAGUCAGGGAGAUGGCAGCAGUCAGCCGGACACCAUCUCCAUUGCCUCCCGAACAUCUCAGAACACAGCAGACAGUGACAAGAUUUCGGGCGGGUGUGAAAUGACGGUGGUGCUGCAGGACUUUGUGGCGAGUUGUGUGUCCGAGCUCAGCGUACAGACUGGACAGACAGUGGAGCUACUGGAAAGGCCGAUCGAGCGACCGGGAUGGUGUUUGGUUCGCACCACAGAUAAAAGCCCACCUCAGGAAGGCCUAGUGCCUGGCACGGCACUUUGCAUCUCCCACUCCCGCAGCAGUGUUGAGAUGGACUGCUUCUUUCCCGCAGGAAAAGAGAACUACUCAGUUGGUGGUCCGGAUGGAAAAACUGACUCAGUGGCCACGCUGCAGCCCCAGGGCUCUCAUGCUUCCAUCCAAAGCAGCUCCCCGGGACCCAAACGCUCAGGAAACACCUUAAAGAAGUGGCUUACAAGUCCAGUGCGCCGUCUUAGUCACGGCAGCAAUGUCAAAAAACUACCCAGCAAGCAGAAACAGAAAAGAGACGGCCGAAAGAGUAUCGACCUGGGACCACCCGAUGACACUCUGGAGGAGAGAGUAAAGAAAGAUGGAACCCUUUCCAAAUCAUCAGGGAUGCAGAGCGGUGGAGAGGAGGAACCAGAGGACGAGUCUCACACUCCACUCCCUCCACCCAUGGAGAUCAUCAAAGACCCGUCCACUCAAGAAGAGAAGUCCUCUGCGCUGUUUGCUGCACGACAGGGUUCCACCGAGGUUCCCAGUGCCGCAGAGCUUGUCAGUGCUAUAGAGAAACUGGUCAAAACUAAAAUGACUCUUGAUGGAGAAACAUACCCGAGUUUUAACUCCAUGAGCCCAGUCGAGCAGAGCCCGGCUCAGCCCAGGAACCCGGAGCUAGAGCAGAAAGCCAAAGCACUACGUGGACGCAUGUUUGUCCUAAACGAGCUAAUACAAACUGAGAAGGAUUAUGUGAAAGAUUUAGGAACUGUAGUAGAGGGUUUCAAGAAGAAAAUAGAAGAGAAGGGAAUCCCUGAAGAUAUGAAAGGAAAAGACAAAAUUGUUUUUGGAAACAUUCACCAAAUCUAUGACUGGCACAAAGAUUUUUUUGUGGGAGAAAUGGAAAAAUGUCUGGAAGAUCAUGAAAAAGUGCCUGAGCUGUUCAUCAAACAUGAACGAAGGCUGCACAUGUAUGUUGUUUACUGCCAGAACAAACCUAAGUCAGAAUACAUAGUGGCUGAAUACGACUCGUAUUUUGAGGCAAUUCAGCAGGAAUUAAAUUCCAGGCUGAGUAUCAGUGAUUAUCUUAUCAAGCCCAUUCAGCGAAUUACAAAAUAUCAGCUUCUGUUAAAGGACUUUCUGAAGUACAGUCACAAGGCAGGGCUGGACUGUCAGAAUAUUGAGAAAGCUGUUGAUCUGAUGUCCCAGGUCCCUAAACUCUGCAAUGACAUGAUGAACCUUGGCAGAUUACAAGGAUACGAGGGCAAGCUGACAAGUCAAGGAAAACUUUUACAACAGGAGACAUUCUUUGUAACAGAGCAAGACACGGGGGUUUUGUCUCGCAGCAAGGAGCGCAGAGUCUUCCUCUUUGAGCAGAUUGUCAUUUUUAGUGAACUUCUACGCAAGGGUUCCUCCACCCCUGGCUACCAGUUCAAAAAGAGCAUCAAGGUGAGUUACCUGGGUUUUGAUGCGCAAGUGGAUAACGACCCGUGUAAGUUCAUCUUGUCAUGCCGUGGUUCAGCUGAGAAGUUUACUCUUCAGGCAGCUAAUGCAGACAUUAAGCAGGUCUGGGUGCAGCACAUAAAUGAACUGCUGGAUGCCCAGAGUAACUUCCUGUCAGCUCUUCAAUCUCCAAUCGAGUAUCAGAAGGAGAAGGGAAGCUCUCACUCCCUUACACGAAACUCAUCCAGCAGCAGACCCAGUUCUACCACAUCCAUCAGUCCAGAGAAAUCUGUCCUUUCCGGAAGUGUGUCCAACCCAAUAAAGUUACCUACCUCCAACGGCGGUACAUGCUUUGAGUCUCACAGACACUCCGACUUUCUCUCCUCCCUGUACCAGCAUGACGGACUUGGCUGUAACGGCAUGCCCACUUUCAUGAUGGUGACCCAGGACUACAGUGCACUUAAGGAGAAUGAGAUCUGCGUCACACACGGUGAGAUGGUUCAGGUGCAGGCCAACAACCAGCAGAACAUGUUCCUGGUAUUCCGGCCUGCCAACAGCCAAUCACCUGCUGCCGAGGGCUGGGUGCCUGGCAAGGUUCUCGGCCCCAUCCCUAAAACCAUGGACAGUUCUGCUCAGCCGAGCAUCAAGAAGUCUCUAUCGUGGAACACGCUCCGCGCCCGCAAGCGUGCUGAAAAAGAGAGUGGGGGCAAAAGUGACCCAAAGCUUGAGAAUGGACUACGUAAGCCUAAGGACGUUCUCAGCCACAAGGUCACUGUGAAAAAGUCUCACAGCUCAGAUGAAUCAGAAUGUGAGGAUGAACUAGACCCCAAAACUAGCAUGGAGUUGUUAAAUCCCAAUUUUAUUCAACAAGUGGCUCCUGAAUUCCUGAUCCCUCUGGCUGAUGUAACAUGUGCACUCGGGGAAACUGUCGUCCUGUGCUGUAAAGUCUGUGGUCGUCCCAAACCCACCAUCACUCUGAAGGGUCCAGACCAGAGUCUGGUGGUCAGUAACAACCGUUUCACCAUCAACAUCAGAGAAACAGGUGAUAUUCUGUUGAAGAUCUGUAAUCUGAUGCCCCAGGACACUGGCAUCUACACCUGCACUGCUAUUAAUGACAAUGGAACAGCCUCGUCGUCUGCGUCAAUUAAAGUACAAGGUGUCCCAUUAGCUCCAGCAAGACCAGUAGCCCAGCAGGCCAGCAGUACAGCAGUGGUGGUGCACUGGCUUCCCCCUGCCAACUCUGGAAACUGUGCCAUAACCAGUUACACCGUGGAGUACAGACAAGAGGACUCCCUGGUGUGGCAUCAGUCACUGCUCGGCACAGUAGAUGUGUGUGUGAAGAUUGAGGAUCUCAUUCCUGGUGGGCACUACCAGUUUAGAGUUAGAGCUAGCAACCCUUGGGGCAUCAGUCCUCCAAGUGAGCCCUCCAACAUGGUCACUCUACCCAGCUGUGUUUCAGCCUAUGAUGGUACCGGAAUUCACUGGAAAGAGAACUUUGGAUUAGCAUUUACAGAAAUCAGUGAAAUCGGAAGGGGCCGGUUCUCAGUGGUGAGGAAAUGUAUGCAUAAGGCCAGUAAAAAAGAAGUAGCUGUGAAGUUUGUGAACAAAAAAAUGCAGAAGAAAGAACAGGUGGCUCAUGAGGCAGAUAUUCUCAAACAUGUUCAACACCCACAGAUAGUGACGAUGACUGACACAUAUGAAUCACCCACAGCCUACAUUCUUGUCUUAGAGCUGCUUGAAGGUGGGCGUCUGCUGGAUUAUCUGGUGGCCCAUGAUGAGUUGAUGGAGGACAAGGUGGCCUUCUUUAUAAGGGAUACAGUGGAAGCCUUACAGCAUUUGCACACCUGCAAAGUCGCACAUUUAGACCUAAAGCCUGAAAACCUGAUGGUGAAUCUGCGUAUGCCCGUACCAUGUGUGAAGCUGGUCGACUUCGGUGAUGCAGUGCAGAUAUCAGGACACCGCUACGUGCAUCUCCUUCUGGGAAACCCUGAGUUUGCAGCUCCCGAGCUGAUCCAGGGCACACCAGUUUUUUUCUCCACUGAUGUGUGGAGUGUGGGAGUGCUGGCCUACGUCAUGCUGAGUGGAGUCUCUCCCUUCCUGGAUGAGAGUCUUGAGGAGACCUGUGUCAACAUCUGUAAACUUGACUUCUGUUUCCCAGAUGAGUAUUUCUGCGGUGUGAGCCAGGCAGCAAAGGAGUUCAUCGUCUCAACUUUGAACCAGGACCCCAGGAAGAGACCAAACUCUAGUGCAUGCUUACAGCACCCAUGGGUGAGCGCUCACAGUGGGGACUAUUCCAAAACUCCGCUAGAUACGGCUAGAUUGGCUGCUUUUAUUGACAGACGCAAACAGCUGCAUGAUGUCAGACCUGUGACGAAUAUUAAAGGUUUGGUCAGUACAAGCAUGGGACAUACCAUAUAAGAGGA